AUGUUUUCGGAUCUCGAAUGCGACUACAUCAAUCCAAUUGAUCUGUGUAAUAAAUUGAAUCAGUUCGUGCUUCCUGAAAUGCUAGCCCAUUCAUUCCUUUUCUUUAUGUUUCUAAUCAACGGAAGUUGGAUAGCCGCUUUAGUCAACAUUCCCCUGAUAGUAUACAAUGCUCAAAAGUAUGGAGUAUUUUGGAUAAUGGAAUUGUUCGUUCCCGAGUUUUUC